AUGGUCGAGUUCUAUGACAGCCCAGUUCUUAUCUUUCUCUUCUAUUAUUACAGUGCCGAAGCUGGAAGCUCGUCCACUUCUCUUCCUGCCAAACAGCAAGCGAACCACGCCUCUGUUAGCACUCAGACAGAGGAGAGUGAGCCUCCGAGGGAACCUGAUGACGAUACUAGUAAAGACAUCGACGCCCUGCAUGCUGUGGUCUGCGGAGCUCAAACUCGUCUCCAUCAGCUCUCUCGCGAGCUUGAGAACAGACGGUCUCAAGCCCAGGAAUCUAUCCAGAAGCGGAAAGGACUGCUGUCUCAGAUGGAAAAGGAACGUGCGGCGAAAGGGAAGGGCAAGAAGCGGGCUCUGACGCCUGAUGCGGAGGAAGAAACGUAUCGUGAGUACUUGAAGACCAAGCUUAAGCGGUACGAGGACGAGAAGGAGAAAAUCAGGGAGGGGAUCGUUAAGAUCCAGAAGGAAAACAAGGUGUUCGAUCAGGCACUGCAGGAGAUGCUUGAGAAAGAUUAG